AUACCAAUACGUAUCAGGUGCCGAUACGGCUGUACAUACCGGUGCCUUGCACAUGGUGCGCGGCGCGCCACACGCACCUCAUUUCCCGCCUUGUUAUCUAUCGCUACAUCAUAAGACAGCCAACGGGGCGAGCCGGCGAGGGCAACUGGGUGAGUAGUUCGUAGUCACGAGAUACUGUCUGGAUCGGUGAUUGGUCCGGAGACUCCGGACUCCCUUCCUGUACCGUUGGCUGCACAUACGCGCACUCCCGAGUCCCGACCAUCGAACGCCUGUUUCGCUGGAACUCCCAACGGUUUUUUCUUUCAGCUCAUUGGAAUCGAGCUUCCAACGUUUAACUUCGAAAUCAUUGAGUCAUCCUUGUGACAAUCGAUGGUUUGGUUCAAUCUAUAGUCUUUUAGGAGGAAUCUUACAUUGUCCACAAUGAGUGACAAUAAUGAUUCUAUCACACAAAACAAGGAUUUAAAUGGCUUUGCUCAUCAUAAGCGUGGAGGUGACCUGCACGAUGCAGACACAGUCACCAAGAAGUCCAAAAUUAAUGGGUUGGAUUUAGGAACUGUGAAGUCAGAGGAACAUGUGGAUAACCAUGAAAAUCAGCCAGUUUUGUCUGGAACGAGUGGGAAGACUCUUCAAUCGGGCAUGUCAAAGGAUGGGGAAGAAGAGAAUCAGUUGAGCAAGCAAAGUGAUUCUUCUGAAAAUAAGGUCUCAUGUGAUGAGAAUUGCUCAUCAUCAGCUGUUGGUGAGUUGUCCUGUAUUGUCGACGGAGAUGCUGCUGAAGAUAAAGGUUCUCGCCACACAAUGGAAGAUGCUUGGGUUGUACUUCCAGAUGCAAGCUUGGAAUUUCCUGGGAAAUUGAGAUGUGCACACUUUGCAAUUUAUGAUGGACAUGGAGGUCGCUUGGCUGCUGAGUAUGCACAAAAACAUUUACAUGUCAAUGUUCUUUCAGCAGGGUUACCACGUGAGUUGAUGGAUGUAAAAGCAGCAAAAAAGGCCAUUCUGGAAGGCUUCCGGAAAACGGAUGAAGCUCUUCUUCAAGAAAGUUUAGCAGGGGAACGGCAAGAUGGUGCUACAGCUGUGUGCGUCUGGGUGUUAGGACAAACAGUUUUUGUUGCUAAUAUUGGAGACGCAAAAGCAGUGUUGGCGCGAUCAUCCAGUGCUGAUGGAUCGGAGAAUAAUGUUAAUGCAAACAGUGCAUUAAAAGCCAUUCUUUUGACAAGAGAACAUAAAGCUAUCUUUCCAAAGGAACGUGCUCGCAUCCAGAAGGCUGGUGGUUCCGUGAGUUCAAAUGGACGACUACAAGGGCGUCUUGAAGUUUCUAGAGCCUUUGGUGAUCGUCAAUUCAAGAAGGUGGGCGUUAUUGCAACUCCAGAUGUACACUCUUUUGAUCUUACAGAAAGAGAACACUUUAUUAUUCUUGGCUGCGAUGGCCUGUGGGGAGUAUUCGGCCCAAGCGAUGCUGUUGAUUUUACUCACAAACUGUUGAAGGAGGGUUUACCUGUUAGUGCUGUGAGCCGCCGUCUUGUAAAAGAAGCUGUCCUUGAGCGGCGUUGCAAAGAUAAUUGCACUGCCAUUGUCAUUGUUUUCAGGCACAAGUAAAUGAUGCUCCUGUUGUGAUCUUUAAGGGAGUUAUUAGGUGUUGGUUGUUUUCUGUUUGGGGUUUCUGUUGAUGGAUCUUGUCAUACAUCCAGUCACUCUUUGAUAUGGGUUUUGUUCCUUUGGCCGGUUCUUGCACACCAGACACCAGAUCUUCAAAUUCUGAUGAGUUCAGGAAAUAUGUAAGAGGAAUGUGCCAGUUUUGGCAGAAUGUAUGUAUUUUUUUAGUAUUGGAAUCCUGAGGAAUUGAGUAAUCUGUGCUCUAUAUGUAUUUUUUUAGUAUUGGAAUCCUGAGGAAUUGAGUAAUCUGUGCUCUAUGUAUGGUAUUCUUGGGUGAAGUGCAGCCAUUGUUUUCUACUUUUGGCAUAACUGGAAUCCCAUUUCAAGCAAAUGAUUUGUGGCGCAGCAGAUUGUGAAGCCACAAUGGGAGGCUGCUCAGAUGCUCUGAUUUGAUGGCCCUCUAUGUUAAAUCAUCUGAAUGAAACUUGAGAUUCCUGGCAAGUAGCAACUUCAUCAGCCAUUUCCAGUCUUCAGAGAGCAGCCACCAUGGGAGUUGGUUUUUGUUGCCUUAUUUCUGGAUGAUGUUCCUUAAGUGUCUCAAAAGCAAUUUGGCGCUACAUUGUCCAACAAUAUUAACUUCUAUGAUGCUAAAUGUCAUAGUUGGAAACAAUGUCUCUGGAAAAAUUAUCUCAGUUAAGAUGGCUGAGCCAUAAUUUGUUUGCA